GCUACGCUUGUGUUGCUCCAAUCGAGGCUUGCUUGAGAGUCUGGUGUUGUGGUGCGGUGCCGCUAGGAAAGUGCGGAAGAAGAAAGAGGUGGGCGGAGUUGCCAGUAAGGAUUAGGAGAAAAGAAAUGAUGCCCACGUUUGCCCACCUCCUGCUUCUGCUGGCCUUUGCCUCAAUUGCGUGCGGCCUCGAGAAGACUUGGAAGUUCACAAGAGUGAGCGAAACCGUAAUCAAUAACAGCAGCAAGAAAUCCGUGCCGUUGUCAUGGAUCUCGGCGACAGCCCGCGAAUCGAGGAAGGGGAAAUAUCGCCUUGUGUGUGAGGUGUCGCUGGAUGAAAGUUGGCUACUGAACGCUUUCGCCGUGCCGUACAAUGAAGAACUUGUUCCAGGCCCAAAGUAUAGCUGCCAAACCAACCGAAAUCCCGCGAAUAUUUUAACAGCUCAAUCUGGAAUCUCAGUUUAUGCCUGUACUCCUCGGGCGGUGGGGCAGAUUCACCGCAACCCCUCCAACUUACUCGACGGAGUUUACGCUGGAGAUCGAGACGGAUGUUACCAUUCCAAAAAGGUGAAUAAUCCUUACAUCGUCUUCAACUUGACUCGCACUGUGGCGGUGAGAAACGUGGCGAUGGUCUCUUUCUCUACCUCCAGCAGUGAAGACACGUUUCAAAAUCUGGACAUUCGUGUUGGAACCGCCCCGGCGACAGGCAACUUCUCCAGCUACGAGCAGUUGGCUUACAUGGAUGGCAUGGCACCACGUCCAUCUUACGAGUACACAUCCAAUGCCACUAAGCCCGUCUCUUAUACACAUCUAGAAGAUCGUAGNUAA